ACAUUCAUGGCGGCUCUGCAGUGAGAGCUUUGGGGCGAAAGCAAGCAGAUGCGUUCGCUCGCGUAUCUGUUUUUCAGCACGUUCUAGCUUUAUAAGCAUUUCUGAACUUUUCACUUACUGCUUUGGUAGUUAAAAGACCACAUUGACAGUUAAAUGCAAUCUCCAAAUUAUAAAAUUUAAAAAGGCGACUUUUCACAAAUUGACUAUUUAGACUAUGCUACAAAAUGCACUAUGCACAUCCAGUCUGCUAAUAGGGCAUUGAGUCUACAGUGGUUUUCUUGUCAAUGUACUUAGUGUAAAAUAUAGAAAUUGGUUUGUUAGCAAGUUUUCAUGCCAGCGGAAGCUGCGUUUUGACUCCUGCCUGAAUAAGGGCGCCAUUACUGGGGUAGCAAGCAAAGAACGGUCGGUGUUCCCAAAACAAACUUAAAAGGCUGUAGCCUUGAUUCAAAAUAGAAAGACAUUUAAAAUAGUAAUGCCACGGCCCCUAGAAAUAUGUGAAUGCAGCGUAGCGCUCUGAGCGUAGCAUUUUAUGUUUUCAUAAUUUUAGGCUGUGAAAUACUCACAGGAUUGUUAUCAGUAGAUGUAUAGAUUGAUGCAACAUUUAAAAAAAAAAUGCAAUGUAACGUUUAGGCCUAUUCUUUAAGUUUGCAGUAUAUGUUUUCCCGAAGUUUGACCUUGUGAGCGGGCCACGAUGACACUACACCGAGAAAGCGACGCCUCGGUCGGGUGCACAGCUGCGCCACAGCUUGGGGGAAGCGGGCGGGGGUAGGCGCGCACUUUCUGGCAGUUCGAUUCAGCCCUCCGCCACGGAAUGUUAAAACAUUCUAUUCCCUUGUCUAGAACGCUCCCUUCAUCCUAUAAAUGUAGGCCUAUUAUCUAGCCUAGGCUAUUUUUAAGGGAUUUAGUAUCACCCCAUGUGGGAAAAUAUCUUAAUUUAAAACGUACGUAGGCUACAUUUGUUGUUUGAGACAGUUGUGGAUAUAUUUAUGUAGCCUUAUCAAGUAGCCUAGGCUAAGACUAUUUGGAUAAGGCACAACUGUCAGAGGGUUCAGCGGCAGGAGUGGUGUUUUGACCGGUACCUGGUGACGUUUUACGGCCGAGCGGUCCCCAUUGUUGACACUAUCACAAAUAUGCACUCAAACCUGAAAACAAAUGUUUGAUUUAGGUCUAUCGUGUAACUUAAUCAUUGGGCUAUGCCUUGAAACUAUACGUAGGGUUUUAAAAGUUGCCUGGUGCAAUAUCUAUCGACCGACAGACACAGUCGCGGUUAGUUAGCCUAUCUAGGCUAUGCAGUUCAGGGGUAUAGGCCUGAUGAAAAGACCAACCGCGGCCGCGGAACUAUGCGCCCCCGAUAUGACUGCAUGCCCCUUUGCGUCCCACUUGGUACAGGGACCGUGCGUUUCUCAAAUUCUGCAGUAUACAUUUUCAGAACAUACCGCAAAAAUGAAUAAAGAACGGUUGCAUAUUGCGCUCAUUUGUACUAUAUUAGUCUACAGGCCUAGGCUAUUAUACGCGCCUUGACGCGCUCCUGUCUACCGGGUGACAGGCGAGGAGGUUGGCAGACACACAGCACUUGCGUCUCACGUCCGGAGUCGAGACCGAGGCUUCGAAUUUGGAAACGCCCGUGUUUGGAUUGCUGGGCUCAGCACUAACUCCAUUUUUAAAAGAUACUCUGUUUUAGGGUAUUUCAACGCUUAUUUUAAGCUGUAGCAUUUUAUAAAUUACUCAGUGGACAAGCAAAAACUUCAGUUUGCUCUCACCGCGCCAUCACUUCGAAUCUCUAGAAGCCGGGUCAGUUGAGCUGCCCACAGACGCUGCACCAUGAACGGCAGCAGCAGUGUGUCCUCUGCCUCACAGACCAUCCAGAUAAAAACAGAACCAGUUGUGGAUGCUUGGAGUAAGGAGGACUGCCUCACUCUUUUGGAGAGAAUUCGGAGCCUGUUGCCUGAUGGUGAUGCCAUGAAAUACAAAACCACAGAGUCCCACUUUGACUGGGAGAAGGUCUGCUUCGGAGGCUUCACCGGUGACAUGUGCAAACAGAAGUGGGCGAAGGUGUCCACCGAGGUGCGGAAGUUUAGGACUAUGACCGAGCUCAUAGUUGAUGCCAUUGAGUUUGUGAAGAACCCGUACAAAGGAAAGAAAUUGAAGACACAUCCAGACUUCCCAAAGAAACCCCUUACACCGUAUUUCCGCUUCUUCAUGGAGAAGCGAGCCAAGUAUGCCAAGAUCCACCCGGAGAUGAGCAACCUUGACCUCACCAAGAUUCUGUCCAAGAAAUACAAGGAACUCCCAGACAAGAAAAAGCAAAAGUACAUCACAGAGUUUCAGCGAGAGAAGGAAUCCUUUGAGAAGAAUAUGGCCCGAUUCAAAGAGGACUACCCGGAGUUGAUAGAGGAGAGAAAGAAGUCGGACCUCCCUGAGAAGCCCAAGACGCCCCAGCAGCUGUGGUACAACCAUGAGAAGAAGACCUACAUGAAGCUCCACCCUGAUGUGAGCCAGAAGGAGCUGAAGGAAGCUCUGAGGAGACAGUGGUCCCAGCUGUCAGACAAGAAGAGACUUAAGUGGAUCAGCAAGGCCCUGGAGCUGCAGAAAGACUAUGCGGGUUGUAUGAGAGUCUACCAAGAGGCCCAUCCAGACGCUGAAGAGCACGUCAAGUCCGUCCUCACCAAAGCCGAGCGGCAGCUCAAGGACAAGUUCGACGGCAGGCCAACCAAACCACCGCCGAACGGUUACUCCCUAUACUGUGCCGAGCUGAUGGUGAACAUGAAGGAUGUUCCCAGUACGGAGCGUAUGGUGCUGUGCAGUAAGCAGUGGAAGGUGAUGACGCAGAAGGAGAAGGACAUGUUUCAGAAACGCUGCGAGCAGAAAAAGAAGCAGUACGAAAUUGACCUACAGAGGUUUCUCGAGAGCCUCCCGGAGGAGGAGAGGGACCGGGUGAUGACGGAGGAGAAGCUGGGGGGCUCGCGGCUGGGCAUGGGGGGUGUUGGCAGCCCUCACAGAUCCAAGUCCCCGUCCGCCAAGGUGGGUCUCACAAAACUACAACAGGAGCGCUGUCGCGAAGCUGAGCAGGGGCACUGGGUACACUCCGGCCUGACGGCGAAAGAGAAGCGCGACGGCAAGAAGAGGACCAAACUCCCUGAGACGCCCAAGACUGCCGAGGAGAUGUGGCAACAAGGCGUCGUAGGAGACUACCUGGCCAAGUACAGGAGUGACCGUAAGAAGACCCAGAGUGCCAUGGAGUCAGCCUGGAAGGCCAUGGAGAAGAAGGAGAAGAUCCCUUGGAUCAAGAAGGCGGCUGAAGACCAGAAGCGAUACGAGGUUCAGUACCGGCCCGUGAGGGAAUUGUUGGAGAUGAGAACAGCCCAGGCAGGAGCAGGUCAGAGGAAACCCAAGUUUGAAGGGGAGCCCAGGAAGCCACCAGUGAGUGGCUACCAGAUGUUCUCCCAGGAGUUGCUGACCAACGGCGAGCUGAACCACUUCAGCCUGAAGGAGCGGAUGGUGGAAAUCGGCAAGCGCUGGCACAAGCUCAGCCAGAGUCACAAGGACAAGUACAAGAAGCUGGUGGAGGAACUGCAGAUUGAGUACAAGGCCGAGCUGGAGGCCUGGGUCAAGUCUCUCUCUCCCCAGGAACGAGCGGUUUAUAAAGAGUUCUCCACCACGAAACGGCGGAGCACCACCAAGGCGCGGGGGGGCCCGGGGGCCAAGGUUCGCGUGACUGCAGUGAAGGGGAAGGCGGUAGGUGCCAGAGCCGCAGCAGCAGGGGUCGGGGGGGGCAAGCGGGCCAUGGCGUACCGGGCCAAGGUAACCGUGCCGUUCUCGUCGGACUGCUUCCCGCAAACAGACGGAGACACACAGCAGGAUACGUCCGACUCAGAUGACGAUGACAAGACGGACUCGUCAGACUCCGACGACGAAUCAUCCGGCAGCUCCGACAGCGAAGAUGAUAAUGACGAUGACGACGACCAAUCUGAGGGCUCCAGCAGCUCUUCCUCAGAGGACAGCAGUGACUCAGACACAGACUAGCCCCCCCCCAACCUCCCCCCCCAAAAGAGGAGGGUCUGUGCGGGACACGCUUCCUCGUGAGUCAGGAGCAGUCAUGGUGGCGUCAUCAAAACGCUUGCACGUUGGCUCCUCCCACCUCUUUCUCGCAAGGGGAAAUGAGAGACGGAGAGAAUAAAUAAACGGAGGAGUCUUGCUCCACCUCCAGUUGUUGACCUGGAGAACUUUUACUCAAACGGGACAAGUUCUCAUUUACAGGGCUUUGUUACGUGUUCAAUAUUAUUAUUUUUUUUGCCUUUUAUAUUAGGUGUUAUUACGAACAUUUUCAUUUUUUAAACUUUGAGAAAGACAUUUUAAACUUUAGCCGAUUUUGAGGGUUUUUUGAACAAGUCUGACUUGGAGGGGUGUAUAUUGAGGAGUUUGACUUUUUUUUUUUUUUUUUGUCCAUGAGUCUCUGACAGUCCGUGCAGAGGGAGGACCGUUGCUGCUUUCCCUCCAUUGAAACAUCUGGUCAACCCCCUCCAAUAAAAUGCACUUUUUUCUCUUGUA